AUGGCUCCUCCGUGGCCGCCCAACGGGACGUUGUGGGGAUCUCAUCCAGCGGCGUCGGGCAACGGGAGCCUGAGCGCGCAGUGGGCGCUGGGGGCGGCUUUCAGCCUGGCCGUGCUGGCGACGGUGGGGGGCAACCUGCUGGUGAUCGUGGCCAUCGCCAAGACGCCGCGCCUGCAGACCAUGACCAACGUCUUCAUCACCUCGCUGGCUUGCGCCGACCUCAUCAUGGGCAUGCUGGUGGUGCCCCCAGGGGCCACGCUGGUCAUGAGCGGCCACUGGCCCUACGGCACCGUCGUGUGCGAGUUGUGGACCUCCCUGGACGUGCUGUGCGUCACGGCCAGCAUCGAGACCUUGUGCGCCAUUGCCGUGGACCGCUACUUGGCCAUCACGGCGCCUCUCCAAUACGAGGCCUUGGUCACCAAGGGCCGGGCCCGAAGCGUGGUCUGCCUGGUGUGGGCCAUCUCCACUUUCAUCUCCUUCCUGCCCAUCAUGAACCACUGGUGGCGCGACGGGGCGGACGAGGAGGCCUUGCGCUGUUACGAGGACCCCCACUGCUGUGACUUCGUCACCAACAUGCCCUACGCCAUUCUCUCCUCCAUCAUCUCCUUCUACGUGCCCCUCUUGGUCAUGAUCUUUGUCUACGCGCGGGUUUUCGCAGUGGCCACCCGGCAGCUUGAGCUCAUCGAGAAGGACAAGGGCAGGUUUGUCCAAGACGCCACCAAAGGCUCUCGACGGAGAAGACCCUCCCGGCUGCUGCUGGCUAUCAAGGAGCACAAAGCCCUCAAGACCUUGGGCAUCAUUAUGGGCAUCUUCACCCUCUGCUGGCUGCCCUUCUUCGUGGCCAACAUCAUCAAGGUAUUUGCCAGGCCCCUCGUCCCGGACCAGCUCUUCCUCUUCUUCAACUGGCUUGGGUAUGUCAACUCGGCCUUCAACCCGAUCAUCUACUGCCGCAGCCCUGACUUCAGGUGCGCCUUCAAGAAACUCCUGUGUUGCCUUCGCAGCGCUGAUCACCGCCUCCAUGCCAUCUCCAAGGACCUGAGCAGGUGCCCCUGCGCCUUCAGCCCCCGGGUGCUGUUGGAGAAGGAGAGCAAGCCCCCAGCCGGGGCUGGAGAGGAGGAAGAGGAGGACGGGGGCUCCAGCAGCAACAGCAGCCGCUCCAGCAGUAGAACUGCAGAAACCAGCCUUUUGUACCCUCUGGGCAAUGGGCACCUCUGCUCACAGCGGCCUCUUGGGGAAGCCCAACUGCAAGGCACCCAGACCACAUUGUGCCCACAGCUGGAAGAGUAG